AUGGUGACGGCGUCGAGCUCGGGCUCGAGCUCGCAGCCAAGGAUGUAUGCCGUCGAGCACGCUGACGUCGAGCUCGUGUCCUGGCUCGCUGAGCUGCGCGGCGCCGAGGCCACCACCCUCGACGCCGAGGUCGCUGCGCUCAAAGACGACGACGGGUGGGGCAUUGUCGGCAUGGCGAUCCAGGCGUCGUGCGGCCAGCCCGACCGCGAAGAGACGGUGCGCGUCGUCGUCGCCCGGUGGGGCGUAAACGCCGGCCCUAAUCGCGGGCGGGACAAGCACCGGUGGACGCCGCUCCAUCUCGCCGCGCUGCUGUCCUCGCCGCACAUCGUCUCGGUGCUGCUCAAUCGCGGGGCAGACCCCGCAGCCACCACUGACGUGGGGUUAACGCCGUACGACCUCAUCGUGGAGAUGGAGGGACGCGAGAGCUUGGUGCUCUUACUGGACCCGUGUCCCGUGCCACUGCGCGACGGCGACGUGGACGACGAGCGGGAGCGGCCGCGGAGCAGCAAGCCUGUCAGCGCCGAGCGCCGCGCGUUGCUCGAACGCAGAAGAGUGCGCCUCGCGACGCGGGCCGCCCGUGCCGAGCGCCGCGCCGGCCGCGCCCGCAUCGCCGCCGAGCGCGAGCGCUGGGUGCGUGAGCGCGCUAAGAUUAUUGGGGUCGACCCGAACUUUAUCUACCCGCCCGACGCGGCGCCGAAGAAGAAGGACGAGACGGGGAUUCUGGACGAAGAGGAAGAUGAGGACGAGUCGAUGCUUACCGACGACGAGGGCGACGACCCGCCCGCCGUUGCCGAGCACCUCGUCUUCUCGCGCUUUCAGCUGGAUACGAUAUACGAGAUCUUCAUCAACAACUACCGCCCGACGUGCCAGCCGGUCGAGAAACGCAGCCUCCCGGCCAACGCACUGUUCCUGUACAUGCGCUUCGCUUACUACCAGUGCGACAUUGAGUGGCUGGAGGAGCUGUACGAGGGCGCUAUUGAGCGGGUGGAGAGUGGCGUCUAUGGAAACGGUGACGACCUCGCCUUCCUCGCCUUCUGGGAGUACAACUUGACGCUCCUGCUCUACCUUGUUCGCUCGGACCCCGAGCUGUGCCAGGCAUGCGAGCACCUCAGCCUGCUGAGCAUGACCGAGGAGCUGAUCGGGGCGAUUCAUGUGUUCAUCAUCCGCAUUGCCGAGCGCAAAAUCGACGACAUCAUGGACCAGGCCAUGCUCGACUUUGAGUCGCUGGAAGACUUUGACGACGUGCGCUUUGCCGACGAGUGGAACCUCUUCCGGUCGCCCUUUGGUGCCAAGAAGAAGGACGCAAAGUCGACCUUAGGCUCGACCGUCUUCAACGUCCCCGACAGCUCGGACGGGCGCGUGGACCUCGAUUGGGCUCACCGCCGCUCGCAUUCCAAGGGCCAGAGGUCACUCACCCGCCAGUCGAUCUCCGACCUCAAAGCCGCGGCCAACAGCGCCAAGGCUGACGCAAAAGAGGCCAUCGCCAACGGCAUCGCCAGCGCCCAGGCCGUGUUUGGCGACAGGCCCAACCCAAGAAGAAUAUCCGACAUUCUCAACUGCGUGAUUGUCAUCCUGCAGCUGUACGAAGUCAACCCGGCAUUCAUUGUCCAGGUCUUCUCGCAGGUGUUCUACUGGAUCUCGAGCGAGCUCUUCAACCGCAUCAUCACCCGCAAAAAGUACCUUUGCCGCACAAAAGCCCUCCAGAUCCGCAUGAACAUCACUGCGCUGGAGGACUUUACUCGCAACAAUGGCCUCCCACCAGCAAUCGCGUCCAGGCACUUGGAGCCGGUGAUGCAGCUUCUGCAGUGGCUCCAAUUCUCGUCACAGAUCAACCAGUUUGACACGUUGAUCGCGACAGUCCAGGGGCUGCGCCGCCUCAAUCCGUUACAGAUGCGACGAGCGGUUCAAAACUACCGGUUUGAGGUCAAUGAGCCCCACAUGGCCGACGACUGCAUGCAGUACCUCCUGCAGUUGCAACGGGACUGGGACCGCCGACGGAUGAACAUUGGCGUCAAGCAGCUCCAGUCACAGCGCGGUCAGGGCACCGACGACGCGACGGGCAGCUCGGAAAUGUCCAUCGAUGACCUGUUUGACGACGGCAUCGCUUUGUCCGAUUGGAUUCCACAGACGGCACCAGAGUCGCUCGGGGAGCUGCUCGACAGCCGUUUCAUGCUCCCAUUUUUGGUGCCCACUGCGGUCGAGCACCUCCUGGCGACUCCACCUCGGGACGCCACGUACCGCAGCUUGGUGUCCGAGCUCGCACUCCUUCCUGAUGGGUCGGUUGCCACCAGGCCAAUGUCACGCGCGAGUCACUCUUCUUCGAGGCCAUUGGGCUGGAAAGCACCCAAGGACCACGUUGUGCGCGAGCUCCCGGAGGACUUCUUCAACUGGCUCAAGAUCAGACAGAGUGAGGUGCAGCCGCGCUUCCGGUCUCACCAUAGCCGCCAGGCGGCUUCGCCAGAAAAGCAGCGGGUAAAGGAGUUGCCAGCAGAGAAGGCGGCUGCGCCGCCGCCGCCGGCUCCUGCAUCGGGGCCUGUGGCGGCGAUUCAGCGUGUUCUUGAUCCACUCAAGACCGUGGUCGCGCCGUCGCUUGCCCCUUUGACCGAGGACCAGGAGGUGACGCCGCUGGCCACCGAGCGACGACCAGUUGCCGUCCUCGGCGAGAAACCACUUCCUCCUCAGCCUACCCAGCCGCUGUAUGACACGCCGUUCGACUCUCCUCCAGGCAGCUUCCAUACCCCUCCUCCCAAGUCGACCGUCCCUGCUCCUGUUGCACGCAUCGCCACCGAAGAGCUACAGUUCCAGGACCGCGACAAGACCUUGAGCCCCGAGAGCAUCGAGUUACAGGUCCGGAACGCGCUGUCUGGAGACACGCCGAAUGGUGGCAUCCCUGGGCACUAUGAGCUCGCACGCCACCGGCGUGCGCGCAGCAAUGGCUCGAUAUCGUCGACGGUCAGCACGGGAUCGUCGGGGUCGCCGACGGCGGAGAAGAAGAAGUGGUGGAAGGUUGGGCGCAAGCCGUCCGAGGAGAGCUUUGACAUGACUGUGCGGAGGAAGCGCGAGGACACCGCCGAGACGCUCGUACCCGAGCGAGGAGAGCGCGAGUCCACCCCCACGGCGUCUGCUGGACCGAACGGAAUGACAAGAUCGGGGUCUGGGCAGUGGACAACGUCGGAGGGCUGGCGUUGAUGGCGUGUUGAUGACAAAGGAGGAGAUCUGUCGGCGCGCAAGCCGGUUGACCAUGUUG